AUGCCCCGAAAAUACUCCAGAGAUCUUCAUAAUUCUCCGCUGUACGGCCAGGGGCCAAGGCCAACACGGGGCUACCGCUCAUCACGCGCCAUUUCACAACACGAAAGAAGGGUGAAGAGGGCGAUCCUGGUCACGCAAAAGGCUUUACUGUUCAACUUUCACCUCGGUACUGGGCCGAAGGGAAGCGGCAAUGAGUCGAGGCAAGCGCGCUGCUGCAGAGAAACAGAAGCAAGAUACGGCCGCUCCGUGCCACAGCCGCCGCAACGUUCCAUAGCCUCGAGUUCUCUGAUCGGCUUGUUCUGGCAGUGUGCAGCCGACGACGGAACGGCGGCUCGGAGUAUCCCGGACUCUUCCACGUUCUACGCGCUGUGCAGCGGCCUACUUUCGAGGGCAGUGGGCACUCGUAUCCAGUUGGCCGGGUUGCCUCAAACCGCCCUCCCAGGCUGUCAGGCGGUGGCUGUGCGAGCCAACAUCGACAAUAGGCUGUGGUCUCUGCUCGUCAACCUGGCAUUGAACCGCAUCUCAGCCCUUUCGUUAGGCCACUCUGUUGCUCCGAACCCACAUAACAAUAACAUGCGAUCAUCGAUGUGA